CCACCAAACUAAGUAAAUAACACACAUCGACGGACGAGAUUUAUUGGCAAACCGAAUCUACGGUCAGUACGAAAAACCAGUAUUCCUAUAAUCCCUUCCACUCCUACGAGUAAAUCUCGAACCCCGAUUCCUUAGCCUUAAAUCAGGGUCGUCGAAGCAGACGAAGUCGGUCACGUCGUUUUCCCCCGGAUUCCAUUCGCGGUCAACUUUCAAUAGAAUUCGUUCUCCUCGAAUCGUCACCAAACAAAUUCCAUCGAACUUCGCUAGACUUCUCUAAUCUCUUCGCAGUUUUUGCUCUAAUGGCGGAUGAUGACUAUGGUAAGUCUUCAAGCGAUGUCGAGGAGUACUCUAGUGAAGAGGACGACGCUGUGGAGGAGAGCAUCCUCGAUAGACUUGAAGAAAAGCCCCAGGAGGACGAGAAGCGGUCCUUCUCUUCGAUCAUCACAAGAGAGUCACUUUUGGCAGCACAGAAGGAGGAUUUGCAGAAGGUGAUGGAUUUUUUGGCCGUAAGUGAGCAACAUGCAAGGACUCUGCUAAUCCAUAACCGAUGGAAUGUGGAGAGAGUAUUUGAGUUGCUCGAAAGAAAGGAAAGAGAAAGGCUGCUUUGCGAAGCAGGGGUUCUCAUCGCGGAGAACGAAGGUCUUGACUUGUGGAAGUCCUCGAGCGCCAUUACAUGUAAUAUCUGCUUUGAGGAUGUUGCUCCUAAUGCAGCCACUGCAAUGGGCUGCGGACACUGUUAUUGCAAUGAUUGUUGGACUGAACAUUUUAUUGUCAAGAUAAAUGAUGGACAAAGCCGGCGCAUUAGGUGCAUGGCCCCAAAGUGCAAAGCUAUUUGUGACGAAGCCAUCAUUAGGAAUCUAGUCAGUGAAAAGUACCCAGAUAUUGCAGACCGCUUUAAUUGUUUUCUUCUUGAAUCUUACAUUGAAGAUAAUGAUAUGAUUAAAUGGUGCCCAAGCAUACCACAUUGUGGAAAUGCAAUACGUGUUGAGGGUGAUAUUUAUUGCGAGGUUGAGUGUUCAUGUGGGCUCAACUUCUGUUUCAAUUGCUUAUUAGAAGCACACUCGCCUUGUUCAUGCUUGAUGUGGGAGCUUUGGAUCAAGAAAUGCAAUGAUGAUUUGGAGAAUAUAAAUUGGUUCAGAGCUAAUACAAAGCACUGCCCAAAAUGUUACAAGCCUGUGGAAAAGGAUGGUGGUUGCAAUCUUGUGACAUGUGUCUGUGGACAACAUUUCUGUUGGUUAUGUGGUGGUGCUACUGGGUUUCGUCAUUCAUGGAACAGGAUAGCUGACCACAGCUGUGAUGGCUUCAAAGAAGAGAAGAAUGUAGGGACUGCAAGGCGAAACAUUUGUCAAUAUAUGCACUAUUACAAUAGAUAUAAAUACCACACAGAUUCUAUUGUGCAGGAAAACAGACUUAUGGAAACUAUUAAGGAAAGCAUGCGUUUAUUAGAAAAUAAGCAGUCUGGUAUCAAAAAUUUCAGCUGGGUGCUGAAUGGAUUGCAUAUACUCCUUGGGUCAAGGCGUUUUCUUUCACAUUCAUAUCCAUUUGCCUUCUACAUGUUUGGAGAUGAACUCUUCAAGGAUGAGAUAUCAUUACAGGAAAGGGAAAUCAAACAAGAUCUAUUUGAAGACCAGCAACAACAACUAGAAUCCUAUGUAGAUAUUCUGUCUAUUUUUCUAGACAACGAAUUUCAUAAACUCACUGAUGAAGAGCUUAUCAACACAAGGGCGCGAAUCAUCAACCUGUCUCAGAUUGUCGAUAAUCUUUGCAAAGAAAUGUAUAAAUGCAUCGAGAAUAAGUUAUUGUAUCCCCUCAAAUGUCCAGUCUCGAUUGCUCCAUACAAUUCUGCGGGGCUUAAGGGGGCAUCAGAACUCAGCAAACAGGAUUCAACUAUUGAUGGAGCUAGUGAUAAAAGAUCUUCCACUAAUAGCUCAUAUAUUCGUUAACAAUUUAAUCAUGUGAAGUUGCCCUACUUUGUUCAGUCAUCCUUUGGCCCUUCUCCUUUUGUGUUCUUUAAUUCCAUUUGGAAUUUUGGUUCAAAAUAUCUACCUUGAUUCUGCCUUCUGUUCUCUAGCGUGGAAGUGAAAUUUAAGGAUCUUGUGACCAUGAUGGAUGUUCUUGUAGAAGAGUGUCAGGAAAUGGAGAUGCUGUUCUUUUGGAUCUCAAUGUGCCUCUUGGCAUGAUUCUCGAGAAUUGGAUCCAAAUCAUAUUUAUCAUUUUUUUAACAUACAGUUGUAACUGCUACAGUUUCACUUCAUAGUCCUGUGCAUGCCCACACUUUUUUUUUGC